AAUUUUUUUUAAAUUAGUAACCGCGGUUAAAAAUCUCUGGGAACUAAACAGCUUUAUACAAAUUAUAGGUAGAGAAAAAAAAUAAAAAAUUCAAAAUGGCGACAAGGUUCAGUGUUUGCUGCGUUUACCUAGAGCAUAAAGGAGAAAGAUCAAAGAAGUUAUUAUCAGUUUCUGAAUCAAUCCUUCAAAAAAUAAAUACUUUUAUUAAUUAUAAGUAUGAUCCAAACCUAGAAGCAUACUCUACUACGAUUUGCACUAGUUGUCAAAGAAACCUUUAUCUACUUGACGCAGAAAAAAGUACUGCAAGAAGUUCUUGGUUAUCAAAAGUAUCCAAGAUACACGAAGAAUCAGUAGUCAGGCGUGGUGUCAACAUAGUAGAUUUUGUCCAAUCAGCACAAUCUGAAAUUGUCAAUGACACGAAAGAGAAUUUAUGCCAUCAUUGUUUUGGUAUUAUUGGUAAAAAUCUUUAAUUUCAAAUCACUUACAAAUUUGAUUUACUAAUUUAAAUUAAAUAAUGAUAUCUCUAAAGA